AUGGAUGACUUGCGGCGACGAGCCGAUAAAUACAUGCAAAUGGAGGAACUAGCGGAGUUCCGCAAUCAAGCCAGAAUAGAGACCGUAACUAGGCCUGAAAAGCUGACUGAAAACAAUUUUCAGAGCCGUCCGAAAGAAUUAGCACCCCGCGAGAGGACCCCUCGUGGCCCAAGGUAUUCACAAUACACACUGCUCAAUACCAGUCGGUUAGCAGUGCUAGAACAAGCAUUGGCCUCAGAUGUACUGUCCAUCCCGAAACGAGCUUCGACCCCUCCUAGGGCCAAUACAACGAAAUCUUGCAGGUAUCACCGCAAUCGAGGGCAUUCAACGGGGGAAUGCGCGGCCUUGAAGGAUAAAAUUGAAGAUCUAAUCAAGCAAGGACAACUGCAGGGUUUUAUUGAUCGCCCGCACUCAUCCCGGAACACCCACCGGUCACGACGGGACGAUCAGGCCAAACAAAGAAGGACAGAAAGUCGCUCAUAUCGAGAACGCAGUCGGUCUAGAGAAAGGCGAGAAGAGCCUUCAGCGCAGCCUCGGCGAGUCAUCAACACCAUCGCUGGCGGUUUUGCCGGCGGUGGUUCGUCUUCAUCGGCGCAGCGUAGACACCUCCGGGCCGUUCGUCACGUGCACGCCAUCGAAAUUGUUCGUCACCGUUUACCCACCAUAACUUUCACCGAGGCCGACUUCAAAGGUAUCGACCCAUACCAAGAUGAUCCCAUGGUAAUUAGUGUGGAAAUUCACAACUUCAUUGUGCGCAAGACAUUGGUGGAUUAG